CGCUAUCGUGACAUGCCUUGGAAUGCUGGGAACGGAUCGCGCGACGGGACCGGGAGCAGUACCGGAGGCGCCUCCUCUUCCGGCCGUGGACGAGCGAUGAUCUUGAUGUCAACCUUGGGUGCAGCAUUACACAGCUCGGUACUCAGCGCCAAGGCGGCCACUGCCCCAGCGAACACACUCCUGCCCCGCAUACUUGCUCUGCUUGCGUGGCACAAUUACAAUAAAUGCAUUCUCAAAGUUUUUCUGCGAUAAUUUAUAUUACUGUUCUAGGAUUGACUCAACCUCGAGAUCUUAUACCAGAUGAAAGGAAUUUCAAAGUUGAAGUAAGAGUGAUGGUCAAGCUGCCGUAGAGCGCCCAGAGCUCAGUGCGGAAUUCGCCGAGUGGAAAGCAAUCGGCCAACAAGAUGCUGGAGGAAGAUGCGUCGACAAUUUCGAAGUACGUGGAGGCCGCGACGGAGCUUCUCGCUCGUGCAACUGAAGCUUCGGCGGAAGAUAUUGCGGGUUUAAACCGAGUCCUAGAGGGACUUCAACGCAUUGUGGCAGGUUUUGGCAAGCAACGGGUACUGGAGCUGUCUGGAACGCAGCUGAUGAACGUGGGAGUGGAGCUAUACAACGCACCACGAGCUGCUAUGAGAGUAUUGGCUCAAAUUGAGGACAACCACACUGACGAGCAACGGACGAGUUUCUCAAGGUACUCUCUGGCACUCACACGGUUUGUGGCCGCGAAAGUUAUGGAACUGUCGCUGAUUUGCUCUAAAGACGACGGAGCUCAGGAGAAAAGUGGGAAGAAGAGUAUGCAAUUCAUGGACGAGUGCGUCGGCGUGUUACGCUCGUUUGGUCGUGUCGGGAUGCUAAUGUUGGAAAGCGCAUCAAUCGACUGCGCAAAGUGUGAGGAAUACCUGUCAUUGGCAAAAGAAUCGUUUUCUUCGUCGAUGCAGCUCUGGUCUCGCGUUGGGCUCUCUCAUCUGACCAAGUUCAAGCACGGAUUGGAGCUAGAAGACAUUGUGGAUGACUUAUGGGAUUUCUGCGUGGACCGCGUGCGAGUGCUCCAGUUGCUUGCACAACGGUCAGACACUUCACCAGAAGAUUCGCGAGAUAUUAUGUCGUCACUUCAUGAGUUAAAGAUGCUGACUCCGUACAAGACAUCGUAUGCAAGCAGCUUGCUUGAUAUUAUGUUGAGAGUGAGCGAUGACUACAAACAUGCAACCCUCCAAGAUCUGCAGGUGCCAUUUGCCGAAGAAGCGCUGCGUAUCGGUGAAUCUCUUGAAAAUGCUGCAGACGAAAACUUUCCAGAGCUGAUAACCUCGUUUAAGCAGCACUUACUGAUGAACUUGCUACAGUCACUGUGCGCAUCUGGAGAUAUUGAAAGAGCAGAAGCGUGCUACCAGCUUAUUCCAGACAACCGAGACCGCAAGGUGUUGCUACUGAUGAACAAGCUCUACGUAGAGAACAAACAGUUCGAGAAAGCGCAUCGACUGCUUCAACUGUUGUUUCAGCAGGAUUGCUUUGAGGAUUCCCUUGCAGGAGCUCGCACCUUUGCUCGAGGAUUCUCCUUCUCUGAUAAAGGCUUGGAUAUUUAUCGAGAGCUUGCCAGCAAUUAUGGGGAAGCCGACUUCGCCAUUAACGUGGAUAUCGCAUGCAAUCUUGCUUUUGUCGAGGGGAAACGCUAUGAGGCCAUCGACGAGCUGAAACGUAUUGGAUGUGCGUUACUGGAAGAACAGCGGAACGGCCAAGCAAUCGACAAGAAACAUAUCCUAAAAGUUCGACAGACCAUUUUUGAUGCUCUUCAGGAAGCAUUGAAUUCAAAUCAGCACGUGGAUUGCUUGAAAUGGGCUGAUGCAGCGUUGGCUACUGUUUCAACAUCACAAGAUAAGGCGAUGUACAUGAGGAUUAUCUCUCGCUCAUGCAUUCAAUUGGGCCGUGAUUCUGAAGCUUUCGAAUGGGCUGAAGAGGCUUUUGCCACAGAGCCUUCCAAGCAAUCCCUCCUUGCUGUGCUUCAAGCGGCAAUCGAAGCAAACCCGGAAGUAUCGAAAGAAAAACUAACUCGCACUAUUGACCAGCUAAAAGCCAGAGAUGACUUUGAGAUUGAUGACUUGCUAGCCAUGGGAAAACUAGCAAGUGAUCUUGGCCCAUCUCGGCAAGAGAUUGUGAUGCUCAUUCUAGAUGAGCUGUGUCAUACACUCAUGGAAACCGACAGCUUCCCGGCAAAACUACCUGUCGGUGUAGUUCUUCAAAAUGCAGCUCAACUCGCAUUCACCAAAUUCACUCAUCGGCAACAAAACGGGUUGAAUGACAAUGCAGAAGGCUCAUACAGCGAGAAAUUCUUGACAUACGCCAACACCCUACUGUUGAAGUCAUCAAUAUCCGACACAAUCGAUCGCAAGGAGAGUUUUGAACCUUCGUCAAUCUUCGAGUGGUUCUUUCGGAUGAGCUUUGACAUCGCCAAAAGUACUGAGGACUCGAGGUACUUUAUCGUGGCCGCCAACAUCGCAGAGCGAAGCGACGAGCUAUUCGAGCUAAAGUCGCCCCUCAUGCAGCAAAGCCAGCAGUGCUUGCUUGCUGCAGUGAGUUCUGAUAUGAAGAAAAUCGACACAUUGGACAAGAGCCGAUUACUGGGACUUCUCGAGGUGAUCAACCGGAUCGGGUGCAUUCAAAGCGGAGAUACAUCUGAAGUCGGGUGCUAUUUGGCAAGGGCAGACAUUGCGGUGAAAUUGAGGCUUUUCAACGCAAAUACCGAAGCGAUUUUUGAACUUUGCAAAACCACACAACAGAGUGUCCCUCAGCUCAUGGAGAUUGGAGAGUUGGUGCUGUAUGCGACUAAGUUCAAUGAAGCGUCAGAGGUUCUAGACAGCUAUCGGUUCCUAGCAGGACAAGUUUUUAGCUACGGGCUUCAACUGCUGAUCCAAGCGAGGACACCCGACUCAAACACGCUGUGCUAUUUGCUGCGACGGCUUAUUACACUGGCGGAAUCGAAGACAAAAGCACACGAGUGGUUCGAGCAUGUACUUCAGUUGCUCGAUAAUUUGGACGUAGCGUUUCCUGAGCUCGAAAUGGAGUGGUUUGUCGCGAAAGCGUGGAACAUCGGCGUGCUCUAUCACCGCGGGAACGACAAUGAAGAAGCUCUCAAGUUUAUGAAAAUUGCUCAAAUGAUACUGCGUAGGUGGCACUCACGAUUCCUCGUUUACUCAAGACGACUUACCCAUGCGUAUUGCUCAAUAGAACGCAGUGAGCCACUUGUGGAAAGAUUGGGCAAUGAGCUCAACCAGCAAUACCAGGAGCUUUUAAGGAAGAGCACAAAGUCGGCCUUAAUCGAAUAAUGAUUGGACGGUGGCUAAGCACGGCGCCAAGCAACGUUCAGCAUGAUAUACAUCAUUUAUGCUUCGUACACGUCUGGACGAUGACCGUGACUGGAGAUACCACCCAUGUGAAUCUUCACAGCUUCCAUGUA